UCAGCUGAAGCGCCUUGACAGAAAGUAGAGAAGAAGGGGGGUCAAAUCAGAGAACUCGGGACGGUCUUCAGACUAUGUCCUCCCCGGCAGCUGGAGGAUAAACCUAGGACGGGAUGCUUGUGUCCCCCCGGCUCUUUCCGCUGUUUUGCCCCCGCCUCAGUCGGCACCCAUGAAGCCCCCGCUGAUGCAGACCCGACCUGCCAAAACGAGGCGGAAAGCGGCGGGGGACACAGAGCAUGUACUGGCGCCUCGGCUUCGCCUGGACGGGGUCGUGUGUGGUUGAUCUCGGCCGGAACCGGAGCUUCGAUGAGCAGCUCUCGUUUUACGGCUACAUGGUCGCCCAGCCUCUGCAGGACCACGGCGGGAUGAUGUCGGCGCUGGGCUCGGACUCUUGGUGGAGGAAGACUCUUUAUGUGACCGGAGGCGCUCUGCUGGCUGCUGCUGCCUAUCUGCUGCACGAACUGCUGACCAUCAGAAAAGAAGAGGAGCUGGACUCUAAAGAUGCAAUUAUACUCCACCAGUUCUCCCGGCCCAAAUCUGGAGCCCCUUCCCUGUCCCCUUUCUGCCUUAAGCUGGAGACCUACCUCCGUAUGGCUGACCUGCCCUACCAGAACUACUUUGACGGGAAGCUUUCGACACAGGGAAAGAUGCCGUGGAUCGAAUACAACCAGGAGGAGGUCUACGGCACCGAAUUCAUCAUCGAGUUUCUGGAGGAGAGGCUAGGUGUGAGCCUGAACAAGAGCCUGACGCUGCAGGAGAGGGCCUUGUCCCGUGCCAUCACCAAAAUGGUGGAAGAACACUUUUAUUGGACUAUGGCUUACUGUCAGUGGGUGGACAACCUGGAGGAGACUCAGAAGAUGCUGUCAGUGAGCGGACCACUGGGCGACCUGCUCAAGUGGAUCCUGAGUCACCUGACGGGCGGGAUCGUUAAGAGGGAGAUGUACGGCCAUGGGAUUGGGCGUUUCUCUAAGGAGGAGGUUUACAGCCUGAUGGAGAAGGACAUGCGUACUCUGGCCACCCUACUGGGUGAUAAGAAGUACAUUAUGGGCUCCAAGCUUUCAGCAGUAGAUGCUACAGUGUUUGGUCACCUAGCUGCGGCCAUGUGGACACUUCCAGGAUCUCGACCAGAGCAGCUGAUCAAAGGCGAGCUCAUCAACCUGGCCAUGUACUGCGAGCGCAUCCGCCGGCGCUUCUGGCCGGAGUGGUUCGUGGACCUGGAGGAUUUCCGCUAUGACCUCACCACCGAGAUCAGCGACACACCUUCCAAACUCCCCGACCUGGGCCUCUACUCUCGAACAGACACUUCCCAGGAGACCAUUUACUCGCACCAUUCACAACUUUCCCAUCUUUCCCACCUUUCACACACUCCCACUCCUCAGGAGCCCCCAUCGCCCGUCAGCGACCCCACAGGCCACUCUUUGUACGACUCCGACAUGGACACAGAGUGCUCUGAAAUAGAUCAGCUCAAGUGUUGACAAAACUCAUAGAUAGGUACGCCCCCCUACCUCUCUGAACAGAUAAUAGCUGGAAUCACCUUUGUUGGUAUAGAUCUAGAGACCAGAAAGGGGUUAACCUGCAAACUGCAGUGGAGGAAAGAUCACUGUGCAGCACAGUGUAGAUAAAAGAAGAAAGUAGCUGAAACAAUUGAAGAAAAUAUAAUCAGGAGCAGCUUGAAAAGUUAAAAGGAGUAAAUGACGCUGCUGCUGAGAAACUCCUCCGCUUACUCGACAUCAUCUGCAGGCAAAACCCUUUUAUACCCGUUGCAUCUCUGUGAUCAUGGCAGCUACAUGUGUGGGCUCCCACAGUGCUUCCUCGUAGCGAUGUGCAUCACCAUUCAGCCGUGUGAGUGUUUUCACUGACUGAUCCUGUAACCCCUCACGGUGAAAUUACAACAACACCCGCAGCUGCAUCAGACUGAAUCAAAACAGUUCAGUGUAAAUAUUUAUAGGAAUCAAAGAAAUUUAGUGGAUAAUAUAUGGAAAUAUAUUAUGCAUAUAAAGUGUAUAGAUAAUCUGAAAGUAGAAACGUAUUUCCUCUGUUAUUUAUUGUAAAUAUCGUAACUUUUUCUCCUUUAAAACCCCGUUUAUGGUGGUCCUGAAUCAGCAAGAAGACCCCUGCAAACUUCUGUCCUGUCUCCAUGUGCUUUCAUCACAGGGAUUGAAGUGACGCUUGCUGAUCAUAUGUAGGGCCUGCAACCAGAUUAAGAAGUAUAGAAUGUAUCCAACAGAUCAUUUCAAUUUUGUGCAAAGGUCUUGAGCCAUCUAUCGUUUAUAUGCAUCUUGUUUCCGAAGAGCCUUGCUUUUUCCAUUUAUUAUUAAAGUGAUUUUGAUCACUGGUUUGUCAGGACACAGUUUCAGUCCAGUGUCUGACCAUUUGGUAAGUUUUCUAAGUUUGUUAAGCCACUUAACUUUGAGUUAUGAUUUAUUCAUAACAUAAAACAAACAACAUUCAGGGUUUCCACACAGGCUUGAAUUUGUGGAAUUUAAUUACAUCUUGAUAAGUUUGAGCAAAAGACAGUUGAGUAAUGUUUGAAUUUUACAGACUUUAUUCCUUAUUCCAGUACCUAAAACAGGCUUUUUACAUUGAGCUUUAUUCAAAAGAUGUCCUUUGUCUUAUGGUUCCUGAGUUACUGACAGAAAACAUUUAAAAUCUAAACAUCUCUCUUCCUGCAUUUUGGCUUAUGGAAUGUCUUAUAUCCACAUCUUAGGCUUAGGCAUCUGAUACUGCAGAUUUAUUCAUAUCUGCCAACAAAAUAAAGGUAUCAAAGACUACGAGCUCUGCCCUUUACCACUCUGCCCAAUUGGAAGCCAACAUCAACAAAGAUUUGUGUAAACGUGGAUGUUUUAUGCCUAAUGUCUGAAAAAUAUUAGAAGAAAAAUCUAGAAUUUUUAAAUAGAAAUAAUUUGGUAAUCCUGAGCAAUGUUUUACAACUUGUUGAAAAGAUACAGUUUGUUCCAAUUUCCUCACCUGAAUAUUUGAAAAUUACCAUAACAACAAAACAAGUUUAACUGAUAAAAAUAAGAUUUUAGCUCAAAUGAUUCCCAAAGAGCUAUUAGCUGAAAACAUUGUAUAAAGAUGUUAAUGAAGUGUAUUGGGAUUCACCUUUCAGGUCAUGUGUCAGAUCUCCCCUUAUUUUUCAAAGACUUGAAAUUCAGCUGCUAUUUUUCUGCUGUAGAGCAGGCCAUUUCUUUUUUAGUCCUCACACCUUGAGAGAAAAACUGCAAAAGUCCAAAGGAAACAGAAAGACCUUCAUUAAAGCCUGGAGAAAUAUUGAUCAAGACCUCGUUGAAAGAUGACAAGAAAGCCUGGCUCUUCAUUGCAGGAAAAACAAUAAUGAAAGAAAUUGAUGGUUUAAAACUUUUACACAGUGUAUUAUUUACUUUGUCCACAAGGACUAUACCUUUGGGUCCAAGAAACAUUUUAGAUGCAUUCAAGCAUCAAGAGCGAGUCAAACAAUCUUUAAAAAAGUUUGGAUUCUCAUCUUUUGAAUAAAAGUGCAGGGCUGGUACGUGCUAACUAAACUAUCCCUUUAGGCUUUAUUUAAAUGAACCUAUCAUAGGUUUUUUGGUCGAGUCUAAGGCUGUGACACUAAUUUUAGGUUUUUUUAGCAGCAUACAGAGAAAUCUCUAGCUAAUUUACGGUGUUGUUUUGGAUGUGUGGCAUCAAGGUUUAGGGUUCCUGUGUGUUUAUCGCUCAACAAAUGCUCAUACUGCACCAGCUGGGGUGUCUGAACAGCCCCUUCACACAGAAAGUAUGUAUGCUUCUAUCGAAUGCUGAAGGUUGGGUCACGCGGGGACAAUGGUGGCGACAGUGGUAGAGGUUCAUCCUGUAACCGGUGGGUUGCCGGUUCGAAUGCCCUACUCUGUCUGUCACAGUUGUUCUGUCCUUGGGCAAGACACUUCACCCUUCUUGCCUGCUGAUGGUGGUCAGAGGGCUCGAUGGCACCGAUUGUUUGGCAGCCUUACUUCUGUCAGUCUGCCUCAGAGCAGCUGUGGCUACCAUGCACCCUACCACUGUCCGUGUAUGAAUGAGUGGAUGACUGAUUGUAGUGUAAAGUGCUUUGGGGUCCCCGGGGGACUUGAUAAAGAGCUAUACAAGUGCAGGCCAUUUACUUUGUCUUUGUUACUGUAUGGAUUUGAAUGGUGACACAUUACUUUGGCUUCAGUAGAUCUGUAUUCUAACUCUUUAGAACCAACUUUUGCUGUAAUCACAGCUGUGAGUCUGUUGUGGUAUAUUUCUACCAUCUUGGCACAUCUGAAGACUGAGAUGGAAAUGUUUGCCCAUUCUUCUUAACACAAGCUGUUAUGGCAUCACCAGAUUAUCCCACCUGAGCAUCUGGACCUCCUUCAGACCUCUUGGCUGCAUCCUUGGACAGCCAGCCAUGUCUUGGUGGAUUUAAAGUAGUGCUGUACUGUUUCACUGUCUUCAUUUUAAUCAGUGCUAGGGGCGAACUUGGGAUAUUGUUUUUUUUUUUUUUUUAACCUAACUCUGCUCUAAGCUUCUCUACAACUUUCUCCCUGACCUUUCUGCUGUGUUCCUUAAUCUUCAUGAUGCUGUUUGUCCACUGAUGUUCUCUAACAAACCUCUGAGACCCUCACAGAACAUCUGGAUUUAUAUUAAGUUACACACAUGUUUAUAAGUAGACUUCUGAACAGAAGUCUACUUAUAAACAUGUAGACUUCUGAACAGACUUAGAUGCACUGGAUUAUAUUUGUGGGUAUUAGAGUAAAGGCCUGAAUACAAGUCCACAACACCUGGCAGAUUUUAAAUAGUUGUAAGUUUCUGAAAGUAUCCACUAACCUUUGCUCGUUCUAUUGCUUAAGUGUGUCGGAGAUCUUAAAGUUGAAUUUUAAAGAUGUAAUACAAGCUGAAACUGAAAAAUGCAAACUGAUUUAUUUAUUUUUUUGUAUUGUCUUAAUAUUCCUUGUAUGCAUAAUAUUGCCUUUUGUCUCUAUAAGAUUCAGGUUUGAUCUAUUGUUUACAACAGUGCCAGUAUAUACUUUAUAUAUUUUUAUAUUUGUUUUUUAUAUGUUAAAUAUAUUUAUGUGAUUUUACCCAUGAUUUUUUCGGUUGACUUGUUUUUUGUCUUUAUCUGCUCAUAGUGUAGUAAUGUUUCUUAUGUUUACAUGUUGCCCUCAGAAUGACUCAUUGAGCUGUGUAUCCGUGCAGUAAUGUACAUUCUUCUCUGACCUUUGCAGAUAUAUAAAAAAAAAUACUGAGUAGACAUUUUCAUGCUGCCUAAGUUUUGCCAUACCUGCAUGUUCAUCCCAGUUUUCAGGUGAUCCUCUGUAAAUGUUAAAAAACCCUCUUCCUUGUAGGAUGAUGGGAGGUCUCCCUCGCUGCAGGACCAAACUGCAGAAACACUUGCUUAACUUGUAGACUCUAGAUGCUGCUUUACAUUGUCUCUUGGUGUUUGUGCAACAUACUUGUGAAAUAUCAUCUGGCUGUAAAUAACAGAGUUAAAAAAAAUCUAAUUAAAACUCCAACACUGGCCUGAGAGAAGAUGCUGUGUAAGAUUUUCUGAAUGUACUACAACUAGGGAUAAACGGCUGUAUGAAAAUUGAUUCAUUUCAAUAUUUCAUUAAAAAUAGCUGUGGGUUUUUCCCA